GCCCCUUUUUGAGGGGGCGGAGCCGGGCGGUGUUUCAUCCCUCAGCCUCAGGCUGAGCCGGACCGAGCCGAGAGGACCCGAGUGGGGCCGAGGCCAGUAGCCCCGGGGCCCUGAGCAGAGGCCGUAGCUUGCGCCGCACCCGCGGCCAGGCGGAGCCAAAGAUGCCGGCCUCUGCUGCGCGGCCCCGCCCGGGUCCCGGGCAGCCUACAGCCUCGCCCUUCCCGCUACUGCUGCUGGCGGUGCUGGGCGGCCCGGUAUCCGGCCGCGUCCCCCGCUCGGUGCCCAGAACCUCGCUUCCCAUCUCUGAGGCUGACUCCUGUCUCACCCGGUUCGCAGUCCCUCACACAUACAAUUACUCUGUUCUCCUUGUGGAUCCUGCCUCCCACACACUUUAUGUUGGCGCCCGGGACACCAUCUUCGCUUUAUCCCUGCCCUUCUCAGGGGAGAGACCCCGCAGGAUUGACUGGAUGGUUCCUGAGGCUCACAGACAGAACUGUAGGAAGAAAGGCAAGAAAGAGGACGAAUGUCACAAUUUUGUCCAGAUUCUCGCCAUUGCCAAUGCCUCUCACCUCCUCACUUGUGGCACCUUCGCUUUUGAUCCGAAGUGCGGGGUUAUUGACGUGUCCAGGUUCCAGCAGGUUGAAAGACUUGAGAGUGGCCGGGGGAAAUGUCCUUUUGAGCCAGCUCAGCGGUCAGCAGCUGUAAUGGCUGGGGGGGUCCUCUAUGCUGCCACUGUGAAAAACUACCUGGGGACAGAGCCAAUUAUCACCCGAGCAGUGGGUCGUGCCGAGGACUGGAUUCGGACAGACACCUUGCCUUCCUGGCUGAACGCCCCAGCCUUUGUCGCAGCCGUGGCGUUGAGCCCAGCCGAAUGGGGGGAUGAAGAUGGAGACGACGAAAUCUACUUCUUCUUUACGGAGACUUCCCGAGCAUUUGACUCAUACGAGCGCAUUAAAGUCCCACGGGUGGCCCGUGUGUGUGCGGGGGACCUCGGGGGCCGGAAGACCCUCCAGCAGAGAUGGACGACGUUUUUGAAAGCUGACCUGCUCUGUCCAGGGCCUGAGCAUGGCCGGGCCUCCAGUGUCCUGCAGGAUGUUGCUGUGCUUCGACCUGAGCUUGGGGCAGGGACUCCCAUCUUUUAUGGCAUCUUUUCUUCCCAGUGGGAGGGGGCUACUAUCUCUGCUGUCUGUGCCUUCCGACCACAAGACAUUCGGACAGUGCUGAAUGGUCCCUUCAGAGAACUAAAACAUGACUGCAACAGAGGACUGCCUGUCGUGGACAAUGAUGUGCCCCAGCCCAGACCUGGAGAGUGCAUCACCAACAACAUGAAGCUCCGGCACUUUGGCUCAUCUCUCUCCCUGCCUGACCGCGUACUCACCUUCAUCCGGGACCACCCACUCAUGGACAGGCCAGUGUUUCCAGCUGAUGGCCACCCCCUGCUGGUCACUACAGAUACAGCCUAUCUCAGAGUCGUGGCCCACAGGGUGACCAGCCUCUCAGGGAAAGAGUAUGAUGUGCUCUACCUGGGGACAGAGGAUGGACACCUCCACCGAGCAGUGCGGAUCGGAACUCAGCUCAGUGUUCUUGAAGAUCUGGCCUUAUUCCCAGAGCCACAGCCAGUUGAGAACAUGAAAUUGUACCACAGCUGGCUCCUGGUUGGCUCCCGUACUGAGGUGACACAAGUGAAUACAACCAACUGUGGCCGUCUCCAGAGCUGCUCAGAGUGCAUCCUGGCCCAGGACCCAGUCUGUGCCUGGAGCUUCCGGCUGGAUGAGUGUGUGGCCCAUGCCGGGGAGCACCGAGGGUUGGUCCAAGACAUAGAGUCAGCAGAUGUCUCCUCUUUGUGUCCUAAAGAGCCUGGAGAACGUCCAGUAGUGUUUGAAGUACCCGUGGCUACAGCUGCACAUGUGGUCUUGCCAUGUUCUCCAAGCUCAGCAUGGGCAUCCUGUGUGUGGCACCAGCCCAGUGGAGUGACUGCACUCACCCCCCGGCGGGAUGGACUGGAAGUGGUGGUGACCCCAGGGGCCAUGGGCGCUUAUGCCUGUGAAUGUCAGGAGGGUGGGGCAGCCCGUGUGGUAGCAGCUUACAGCUUGGUAUGGGGCAGCCAGCGAGAUGCUCCGAGCCGGGCCCACACAGUGGGGGCGGGACUGGCUGGCUUCUUGUUGGGGGUUCUCACAGCAUCCCUGACUCUCAUUCUGAUUGGUCGGCGUCAGCAGCGACGGCGACAGAGGGAACUUCUGGCUAGAGACAAGGUGGGCUUGGACCUGGGGGCUCCACCUUCUGGGACCACAAGCUACAGCCAAGACCCUCCCUCCCCCUCUCCUGAAGAUGAGCGGUUGCCGCUGGCUCUGGCCAAGAGGGGCAGUGGCUUUGGUGGAUUCUCACCACCCUUCCUGCUUGAUCCUUGCCCAAGCCCAGCCCACAUUCGGCUAACUGGGGCUCCUCUAGCCACAUGUGAUGAAACAUCCAUCUAGAACUGGGCAAAUGACCACUAGUGUAUAAGUGAUCACUGGAAUGGAGCGACCACUGAGAUGCUGGGGGUCACUGGGCCUGGAAGACCAUCCCAGCCUCUGAGUUCUCUUUGAGUAUGAGUGAUUGCUUGGACUUUAGUAUCUGUUCUCUCUGAGCCUGGAUGGGCUUGGGGCCAGACCUUUGCCUGAUUCCUGAUUUCCCAUGAGAAAUCAGAACUGCUUUCUGCAGCAAAUCAGGGCUUCCCCCUAACAUCUGAACUCCUGUAACCCUUCAUCCCUGGCCCCCUAUCUUGGGCCCAUCAGUUUUGGGGAUGGGGCACAGGGCAUAGCUAUGACUUUGCUUUCUGGGUGGAGCCUGGCCGGAAGGAAGAGCCCUGGAGGUGGUUGGGGGCAAAUGUGCACUGUGUCCUUGGGGUAGUUCUGCUUAUUCUUCAAGUUUAUCUGAAUCUGUGGGGAGUGCAUGAUCCCCAUGUUGCAACAUGGAGUCUCUGCCCUGAGAUCUUCCCCAUCUCAGUUUUCCUUCCAUGAAAGAGUACGUGUAAAUACAUGGUGUUCAUAAGAGACCUGGCCACAUGUGCAUGAAUGACUGGGCUGAUGCUUAGGAAUAUUUAUGAGGGAUGGGGAGGGAGACGAUUGGAAUGGGGGUGUUGCCUGCAGAACUUUAGACCCUGUAGCCAUAGAGGGAAUGGCGUUCCUUUCUAAAAGGAACUGAAACACUGCCCCUCUCCCCAUUGCCCCACAACGUUACUCUAAAUUUGAGUAGAGAAAAGCUCCUAAAGUGACCUUCCGGGUGGGAAGGGCAGCAGUACACAUGACCCCGUCCUUUUCUUUGUUUUUACCCUCUGGCUGCCACCACUGCCGUGUCACAGCUGCUUUCUCUGGCUGGAGUGUAGGCUGUACCCCAUUUCCUUGGCUCCCAUUAAAAAUUAACAACAUUCUAAUGAUUAGGGAACAACAGAAGGGGAACAGUCAUAGGAUAUACGAGCAGUAUAAAGAUACGUUUGCAAUCAGUGACUACUCAGGGUGACACCCUUGCCCUAAAGCAGGAGUCCCCCCUACCUGGGGUCCAUGGACUCCCUGAAAUUGUAUGCAAAAUGUUGUUUGUACAUGUGUGUCUGUAUGUCUCUGUGGGGAGGUUUUAUGGCUUUUGUCAGAUUUUCAAGGCCUUAACAAAGUUAAAGGACCACUGCCCUGAGGUUACUGCACUGAGGCCAAGUUAGGAUGGCAUCACUCUGUGGCAGCUCUCCCUGGCCUUGCCCUGCCUGGAACAGGGUGAUUUGCUGGAAUGGAGUUACCACUGAGAUGCCAAAGGUUGCUGGGUCUGGAAGACUGUUGUUGCCUCUCAAUUCUCUUUGGGUCUGACUGACUGUGGCCAGUCCCUGGACUGGUAGCUGCUGGAUGCCUCCUUGUUUCUCCAGUCCCUGGAAGCUGAGCUCUAUGUGUAUUUGAUGACAUUGUCAACUCUUACCAAACGUCAAGAUCUCUUCCUGCUUGACCACUCGCACAUGGCUCUAGGCUUCUCCUGCUGAGUCCUGGUCUUGGCCUGUGAAUGUGCCUCGUUCAUCCCUGGUGCUUGAGCCCCUCAAGCUCCAGUCAAUGAUCCAGUCCUUCCCCUUCAAAGUUUUCUGCUCUACUUUCCUUGGCAGCAGCCUGUGAACUACUCAAAAGAGUCCCCUUGGGUUUGGAAUUAUCAGUGGCUUUGCCACUAAUAAAUGUGUGAUCUUCGGCAAGUAACCUAACCUAGGGACAUCAGUUUACUCAUCUGCAAAGUGGGGAUAAUAAAACCUACCUCAGGGUUGCUUCAAGGAUUAAAUGAGAAAAUAUGUCAACAAUAAAGACCUGUCUGUACCAA